AUGACGAAAAGAAAUAGCACGUUUUUAAUGGCAUAUGGUAUUGUUAUUGCAAUUCUCUGUGUUAUUAUCAUUGUAGCAAUCAUCGCUGUACACUUUUAUACAAUGAAAACAUCACCUCCAGCUAAACCUAGAGUAAAGAAAGAGAAACAUCAUAGUGAUGAAGAACUGCAAGACCUGGAAAACGCUAAAGACCAUGGUCAUGAACAUCAUGAUUAA